AUGUCGAGGGUUAAUUAUAGCUCACAUGUGGCGAGAUACAGUUCGUAUAGCCCAGGUCAAGGCCCCGACGAUCCCACUAAUAAAGCCACGGGCGCAUCCGACCAGCCUGUGCGAAGACUUACGAUUGCCGAUCUACACAAGUUAUAUCUGGAUAACACAAAGAUAUCUAUGCUAACAGCAUAUGAUGCUAUGUCAGGAACCUGGUGCGAUAGG